ACCGAUUGCAUCUGUGACAAUACACACACCUUUGUCCCCUAUAUAUUUGUACAAAUUAGUAUAAAACCCAUAAGUAUAUUUGCAAUUGGUUCCUAGUUAAUAUCGAGUAUCCUCUCGACAUACAACUUGCAAAAAUUCUGAUAAAAUGAAGCAAAUUUUAUUUGCUCUCCUUGCGACGGCUUUGUGCUCCGUAGCGUUCACUGACGAUGCGGAUAAGCGAGAGGUUUGCUACGAUAAAUAUGGAUGCUUCAGCACCGACGCUCCAUGGACUUCUCUUCUUCGACCCCUGUCUGCUCUCCCUAAGCCUCCAUAUGAAGUUCAGACUAGAUUUAUUUUAUUCACUCGGAACACCGAAUCCAUGGGGCAUGACCUCAUGGUUGACAAAGACGUUCUCUUGGAGAAUUCUGACUUUUCUGCUUUAAGAAAAACCAUUUUUAUCAUUCAUGGUUUUACGGACUCUCAUCAAUCUAGUUACGUCUGGGAAGCUAAGAACCAAUUCUUAACAAACGGUGAUGUCAACAUUAUUUGCAUCGACUGGGCCCCCGGAGCAAAAGCGCCCUACCUCAGUGCUACUGCCAACGCAAGACUUGUAGGCGCCCAGACGGCACGUUUCCUAUACUUUUUACAAGACAAAGGAGGUCUCAAUUUUGAAGAUGUCGACAUUGUUGGUCACAAUCUUGGUGGGCAUGUUGCAGGAUACGUGGGUGAUCGUACUCUUGGCCAACUUCCAAGAAUUACGGCAAUCGAUCCCUCUGACCCAUACUUUAGCGACACAGAUCCAAUUGUGAGGUUGGACACUGGGGAUGCUAGGCACGUUGAAGUUAUUCAUACCAAUGGAAACGGUGCAUUGAACUUGGGAAUGGGAAUAGUUGGACCCAUCGGUCACGUUGACAUCUUCCCCAAUGGAGGGAAACAUCAGCCAGGAUGUGCGGAUUUGCUGGGAAGCAUCGUUGGAAGCAUCAUUGACUUGAUCACUCUGAACUUUGAAGGCGCUAUUGGAAUUUGGGCUUGCAGCCACGUUCGAGGAGCAGAUUUCUAUCUGGAAUCUAUUGUAAAAUCUAGCAGUUGCCCGUUCAUUGCUUAUCAAUGUGCAGACUACGACACCUUCCAAAGGGGUAACUGCUACUCGUCGUGUCGUGACCCAGGUCGAUGCGUUCCUUUGGGUUAUAAUUCCAAAAAUUUCACUGGAUCUGGAAAAUACUAUAUUCAUACUGGUGAUGGCAAAGAUGGGACACCAUAUUGUCGCCAAUCAGUACAAAUUCAAGUCCCAAUUAGUUCAUCCCAAGCUCGUGCAGUUGGUACAUUCUGGGUCCAAUUUAAGGCUGCUGAUGGAACACGUUCUGAUCGAUUCACUCUUGUAGACAACUCGGAUAUAUCCGGAGGACAAAUGCUAUCCAAAUGGGUAGAAGUUCCGAGCAACAUCAUGCACGAUCCCUCAGAAAGAACAAGUCUAAUUUUACACUACCAACGAGGAGGCCUCCUCCCCAUCAACCAACCCAGGACAUUAGCACUAGAUGCCAUCAAUUUAUUGGUUAUUAACACCGAAUUCCAAAGCCAGACAAUUUCCUACUCUGGUAUUGUGCUUGAUUAUGGAACUGACACACAAAUUUCGCAAUAAAUAUGUGAAUAUAUGCGCAUCAUGCAUAUGUUAUCUUAUGCAACAAACUCGAACGAGGACUUUUAACAAUACAUUUUAAUGAUGAAUAAACACGAUAUAUUUACGGUCAGCAUUUAAAA